AUGGCCAUUCUUGAGAGUAUUGAGGUUGUCACUGGGGCCGUACCAUGGCAGCAAAGACUCAGAAGAGGAGCUCAGACAGUGAUCCAUCCUAAAGCAUGAAUUACUGCGGAAGCCGGGCCAAUAGAUGGCAAAGGGAACCUAAUAGAAGAACAGGCCCUUAUCAUAAAUGCUCCCUCGGAUAAUAUCAAUCCUGACACUGAAGAUCCAGAACCAAAACCUAUGAUCAUUGGCACCAAUAAUGUGUUUGAAGUUGGUUGUCAUUCCCAAGCCAUGAAAAUGGGAGAUAAUAAUGUCAUUGAAUUAAAAGCAUAUGUAGGCAGAAAUGUAAUAUUGACAAGUGGCUGCCUCACUGGGGCUUGCUGUAACCUAAAUACUUUUGAAGUCAUCCCUGAGAAUAUGGUGAUCUAUGGUGCAGACUGCCUUCGUCGGGUGCAGGCUGAGCGACUGCAGCCCCAGACACUACAGCUGGAUUUCUUGAUGAAAAUCUUGCCAAAUUACCACCACCUAAAGAAGACUAUGAAAGGAAGCUCAACUCCAGUAAAGAACUAAGAACAGUACAUGCCAUGAAGAUAACAUUUUGUC